AUGCGAGACACCCAAGGACAAGUAUACACUGAGGUCGCUGCUGACAUCAUCCAAUCAGUGGUUGAUGGGUACAAUUGUUGCAUUUUUGCUUAUGGUCAAACAGGUGCAGGAAAAACUUACACAAUGCAAGGUUCUGACGAUACUCCGGAAAGUGAAGAAGUAAAGGAUGUGAAGAUAACACAUAACAUUGGAGAAGGUUCAACAAGGAUCACUAAUGUGAAAACAGAUAAGAAAAAGAUAAACCUUGAAUCACCAGAUUAUGUUAAUCAAGUGCUUAGAUCCACAACAAAGAACCAAACUGUUUCUUCUACAAAAAUGAACAAUAAUUCCUCAAGGAGUCACAGCAUAUUUAUGAUUCAUAUCAAAGGCUCUAAUUCUGUUACAAAUGAGAAACAAUCAGGUUCCUUGAACCUUAUUGACCUGGGAGGUUCAGAGAAAAUAUCAGCUUAUGAAUUGACUGGAGAUCUUCAAGCUGAAACAAUAAAUAUUAACAAGAGUCUCAGCAGUCUAAAAACAGUUAUACAAAACAUAAAGGAAAAUGCAAGUCAUAUCAAUUACCGUGAUUCCACCUUGACCUAUGUUUUGAAGAAUUCAUUAG